GAGAAAAACAAGUAAUUUGAAAUACAUAUUCAACGACAUAGAAAAAUUAUGUCAAACUGAUGCUCGUUGAGUUUGUUACGCGAAUCACAUAUCGUUUUGUGUUCAAAUGUCUGUGCACGAAGUUACUGGUAGUAUGUUUGUGCAGUGAUAGUUCAAAAGAUGCAGGUAUGCCAAUGAUGGACACCUUGUCUAAUAAAUGGGUAAACAAAAGUUAGUAACCAGCAUCAUGAUGGCUUGCUGUCUGAAAUCAUCUGUACCAUCACCAUUGAAUUUGUUAACAAAUUAUACGUGCGUGUAUUUUCAACUCAAAUCACAACCAGUUUUAUAUCUCACUGAUUACACAGACUGUUCACCUUCUCAUCCAAUGACUACUACACUUUCGUUGUCAGAACCUAUUUCAACUUCACAUGUUUCCAUAAUGAUAACAAUGGAAGCGCAACUUCUCAGUCAUCAUUCCACUGAAUAUGUAUGUGACAUUGAAACUGUUUACUGCAAGUUGAAACGGAAGACUAGCAUCAAAGGGUUCACUUCUCCGUCGGCAUUGUAG